UUCAAAUCUGGUCAGUUUGUACUGGACUUUCAGCGCGCUAAGAACUAAAAAGAACAACAAGAUUCGUUGUGAUUUAUUUCGAAUUACGAGUUGGUAAAAAUAAAUGGAUUCUCUUGUGUUUACUUUUCUAUUACUAGCCUCUGCAACUGUGAUAUCAGCUGUUCCUUUUAAAUGGCCUGCGCAGUUUAGCGAUGCGGGAUGUCUUGAUGAACACCCGACGAAAGAAUGCAAAAAAUAUGCAGCUGUAGAAGGAUAUUGCGAAUAUGAAGAGGAUUUCAUGAGAAAGCAUUGUAAAAAGACAUGCGGAUUCUGUCAGCCCCAAGUUCCUAAAGGUCCAUCGGGUGAAUGUCGAGACGAGAUAGAGGGAUGUGCCAAACACGCCGCUAAUGAAGGAUAUUGCGAAUACACUAACGAAUUUAUGGGAAAAUUUUGCAGAAAAACGUGUGGUUUUUGUCAACCACAACCCCCUAUCGGAGGACCAACGGGCGAAAAAUUCUAUUGGGACAAGACAGCCUGGGGGAAGUGUGAAAAUGGUGUUGAAAAGAGAGGCGUCAAAUGCAUCCAUGUUUUUGAGGGUUCAGAGUAUCCAGUAGACCUCAAAUAUUGCAGAGAUAAUCUUCCCGACGAAGUUGAACCUGAAGAUGAAAGAAGCUGUUGAGAGAGAAAUAGCAUAGAGAAAUUGGGUCACCAGAAAAGAAUAGUUGGAAGCAAUUCAAGAAAAAGUGAAUGAAAUCAUAGAUAUCAAUUAAACAAACUGUGUACUACUUCCAAAGUUUAGACAAAUAAAUUCAUAGUCGAAUGAUAA